UCAGAUACUAUUUCGUCUCGUACUUAUGUGAAGUAAUAGAUAUGUGCACACAUCGUUCUCGAUUGCCAGGCAGGAGCGGAAGGGCAAAAAAGUGCACUCGGCUCUGGUCGAGUGAGGAGAUUGCUACCGCCGUGUACUUUUCCUCUAGAUAUAUUUGCUCCAUCUCUGUUUCUUAUAUGAUGCAUCGUCGGGGAUAUAGACGUACACCCUCGGCCAUCGAGAAAAAAGUUCAAAGAAUCAUUGACAAUGCACCUUCUCUUCGACCCUCUCAGUUGCAGUGGGAUGUUGAUGCUGUUGACCAUUGGCUUGAUGGCCUCCUGGAGGGACCUGAGGCAGUGCGUCGUCAUAUCAAGUUCUCAUCACAGGACGCUGAAAUUGUGGCUUUGCAUCAGUCGAUAGACGACACACUGGAUAAGUUCAAAUAUCUAGAGCAUCGCUGGCAUACCCUCAUGGGAAGUCACUUCUCAUUUACAUUUCACAAGGAAAAUUAUGAACCUAAAAAUUGGGCCGAAAUCUAUGACAGCGAGAGUUUGAAUGGACGGUGGUAAUAACUUGAAUUGGAUUAAUCUUGCGGUAUCUGGG